ACGAGAUGAGCCUUUGAGCAGAAGCGAAAAAGUGUUUACAAGUUCGAGGCUAAACUUGCCGCGCACAGGGUAACGUCUUAUCGUAGUGCGCGGACUGAGUAAUCCUGUAUCCAACGGAGAUGAAAUCAAGCUACUCCAGGAAAAUUCAAAUGCGAAUUGAAAAUUGACUUUUGAGUCAUUUGUUUUAUUGUUACAAAAAGAAGAUCUUCGAGGCUAUUAGACGUAUUAGACGUAUUAACUUCAACACAUCAAAAUACCAGCGUAUAGAAGAAAGCUUGGAUAUUCAUUAGCCAUUUGGACAAAGAAAAAAGUAAAAUGGCAUGACACUUAAUAGUAGCCACUUAUCACGAGGAAGAAAAAGAGGUCGCGCUUGCGGAAUGUUUUGAAAAGCGUUGAUAUUGUCAUCUCACGCGCCGUUCAAUCGAAGCGAUCAACGACAGAUGACGUAGUCCUUUUUUGCCCAUUGUUUGGACAUUCACGCGUGCCGUAUACUUUCUCGCGACUGAGUCACAACGUGUCGACGAACAACUCACACACACAUAUCGCGACGUGGUGUACGUAUAUUGGUAAAAUAGUUUCAUCCUUGUCACAGUCCUUCGCAUUCUCGUCGGCAUCGCGUUUAUUAACACCCGUUUCUUCGAUCAAAUCGUGUCCACACGAAUGUCAGUCUUUGUGUGACGGUGGGACCAGCCGGAAGCAGGAUGAGAGAUAGAUCGAGACGAGGACAGCGACACAUGAUAUAUAUUUUUAGAUCUGGUGAAGCUUGGGACCAUAUGGUAGGUGUUGUUUCUGGAGAUGCCGUACCGGAGGAUCCGGUUCGGACCAUGCAAAAUUGGCUCAAAGUAAGAGAUCUGACCGAUCAAGGUAUGAGUAUUUUAUGGUAUUUUGGUUCGCGAUUUGUGCUUUGUUCACAUGUGAUUUACGAGUACGUUCUCGUCGCGUUGGAAUUUUAUAUGCUUUUCAUCAAAUUACUAACAUUUGGUGGAGUCGUUAAAUUGUCAAAUUGAUCGUUGAAAUAAACGCGAG